UUGCCGUUUCUGAAAAGAAAAGAAGGCGAAUUAAAUUGUUCGUGGUGUUUUACUUAAAUCUCUAUUAUCCAAUCUUCUUGUUGAUUGUAACUUUUUACAUCCAGGAUUUUAAAUCGGAUACGAGAACCAAAUUAAUCUUUCUAUUCACCGUGAAUGUCACAAGAUUAAUCAGCAUUUUUGGCUGGUUGUACGCUUAUAAUAAAUUUUGUGGAGCCGUAAUAAAAUUGAUCGGAUGUUUUGAAUUGAUCAACAUUCAACUAAAGAAUCUAAAGAAUGUGACUGGCGUAACGAAAAGACUGAAUAGAUUACGACUUAUGUACAGCCUUGCAGUCCGAGCUUCGGUUCAUCUUGAGGAUUUUGCCCGUUUUGAGAUUGCCCAUCUUUAUACGAUAGCAACGAUCAGCAACUUUACCAAUAUUUAUACAAUUUACGGAGAAAAUAGUUCACUUCGACGCAAACUAAUAUCGUGCUUGUUCAUGUGUGGCGAUGCAGUUUACAUUAUUUACAUUACGAUAAUCAUGAUGAGAGUAAAUACGGUAUCAUAUGAAGAAUCAGAAACUUUAUAUGAACUAUCUCUUCUCAAUGAACCUGAUAACUUGAAUAGGGAGAUUGAACUUUUCCUUUAUCGUGUGUCGAAAAAUGAUGUUGGAUUCACGUUUCUCAAUUUAUUUGUUAUAAAUCCAAGUUUCAUUUCUUCUGUCAUUACAUUAUUUACAACAUUUAUUCUUACCUUACCAAGUCUUUAUUAGCAACAAGUUUCAUCAAUUCAGCAAAAAUGUAGCGCCCACAUCGAAGCGCUUAUUUCUCAAUAACGAUAGUAUUAGAUUUUUUCCAAAAAAAGAAAUGGGAGUUUUGUUGACGAAAUUUUAAAAACAAAGGACAAUCUUAUUUUUAUUCAUUCAAACGUGAUAGCUGUUGAUAAAGGAAGAAUGGAAGUAGUCGAUGAAUCAAGAAUGUAAAUGGCGAAUUUUGAUUUAUACUCUCGACUUUAUCUUCAUUUAUGUGAGCAAGAUAAAUCAAUAAUCAAUGCAGU